UGAUUUCUACAGAUAUGAAACUUUUGAAGAAAAAUAGUAAAGAAAAGUUGGAAAUCCCAAACACAUACUGCAAUAGUUUGGUGUAUAAGUCACUUAUUUUUCAUAGUAAGACAAUGAUUGAGUGUGGCCAAAGGUUAAUUCAUAGUUGGACCAGAAAUAGCUUAAUGUUAGCCCAGAAAUAACCACAUAAAGGUGCAAAGGAAGCCACAGCUCUGUCACAGAGAUCACAAGCUGUGCUGUAGCAAGAGGAAAAUAGUGAAUGAGAGAAGAAGAGAAGAGAGAGAGAGGAAGAAAGAGCUUGUGUGAAGAAUUGCAGCACUCCCUUGCUCUUUAUGGCAUAGGUCCCAUGGCCACUGUUACCUAGCAACAUAGCGUCACCUCCAAAACAUGCAACUUCAUGUUCUUCUGCUGUGCUGCUUCAGCUCUUAAGUCUUCCCCUUAGUAUGGAAAAACAUAGUAUGGCAAAGAAAGGGAAAAAGAAGGACAGUGAAAAUCAAUCCCUGGAGUUGGUCGAGACUGUAGGCAAAACUCCAGAAACAGCAGUCCUACUGCUGAGAUCACCAGAGGAGGACAUCUUAAUAAAAGCCUGCGAAGCAACCCAUGCAUUUGCAGAGAAAGGUGAUGAGGAUAAGUUUUUUCUGCUGGAACUUGGAGCAUUGGAGCCUCUCUGUCAGCUCAUCACUCACACCAACAAGCUGAUCAAACGCUAUGCCUUCAUGGCUCUGGGCAGCAUGGUCAUUAAUGAUGAAGUAAAGACUGUACUGAAAAACAUUGACAUCAUUCAAUCACUCAUAGACAACUUGUCUCCUGAAGAGGAACCAGUGGUCCAUGAACAUGCAACACUAUGCCUGGCUUGUCUGUCAGUGGAUUUUGUACACAAGGUUCAGAUCUUUGCCAAGGAUGGCCUCCCACCACUCAUUGAGCUUCUCACCAGUACAGACCCAGAUGUUCAGAAAAACUCAUUGGAAGUCAUCUUCAACCUUCUCGAGCACUACCCGUGUCGCACAACAGCCCAUGCGUUGGGUGUGAUCACUGCACUUCUGGAACUGUUGAAUUCGGAGUACCCUGUCAUUCAGCAGUUGACUUUAGAAACGUUGCAGAGUGUCACAACUGACAGAGAUUCACGAGAUCAAUUCAGAGAGGAGCAGGGAUUUGAGAAGAUCAUGGACAUCCUUAAUGACUCAGAACUCAACGACCUUCAUGCCGAAGCCUUAAAUAUAGUAUCCAACUGUUUGAUUGACACUGAGAGUGUUCUGCUGAUUCAUAAGGAUGGAGGACUGAUCAGGCUGUUGAAUUUUCUCCUUGUUCCCAGUGAACCUGAAAUCCAGUCUAACGCCAUCAAAUGCAUCGCUAGGGUCGCUCAGAUGUCUGAAAAUCGUCAACUGCUGCAUGAGCAGAAUGUGGAGAAGAUUCUAGUGGAACUUCUCAGUGAGGAGGACAUCAAUAUAAAAACAUCUGCCUGUCAAGCUGUGACUGCCAUGAGCUUCCUCCGAGCUAGUAUAGAACGCAUUAGAGAACUUGGUGCUGUCCCUGCAGUUGUGGAGGCACUGCAUUCUGAGAGUCCAGAGCUAAUAAUGUUAGCCACCGAGCUCCUCUCUAAUAUAACGUACAACAACCACUUAGGCAUAUGGGCAGUGUUUCAGGCAGGAGGCCACAGGCUCCUUGUCCAGCAGCUCUCUGCCAGCUGUCCAAGGACGGUGGCCAACACCACUUCCAUAAUUGGCAACAUGGCACAAAAACUGGGGAUUCGCAACAGCCUUUUAGCACAUGGAGCCAUGAGAGCUCUGGUGGAGCCCUUAAAGUCCAGAGACACAGUGAUCCUGGUCAACGUCACACUGUGUGUGUCUCUACUGGCCUGUGACUUGGAUGCAAGGGCUGAGCUACAGAGCGCUGGAGGCCUCCCACCACUUGUCAGUUUGCUGAGGUCCAACCACAGGGAGGUGCUGCACAACACAUGCAUGGCAGUCACUGCCUGUGCCCGUGAUGAGUCGUUGGCUGUGGAGAUGUGCAGAUAUGGGGCCCUGGAGAUUCUGCAGGAAAUCAACCUGUCGUUCAACCGUCAGAGCGCUGUCAGCAAACAGGCCAUGGUCAGUCUGCUCAACACCAACUUGUCUGUUAAAUACAGUUUGCUGGGUCACUUGGAAUCUACUGAUGUUAUCGGGGAUGAUUUCUAUGAUGCUGGGAAGGCCCGUGCAGGACAAAGGGUCCUAACUUUGGCAGAACUCUAUAAGGAGCCAGUCGGCCAAUACAGACCGGUUCUUCUUAUCAACACAUCCCCAGAUGUGUCUUUGUACAGACAGAAAAAUGACUCCCAGUCUGAGUCUCCUGAACAGAAGCCCUGGAAGAUGGUGGAGGACGCCGUCUUGCAAAGUCUGAUUAGAAAAGUGAAAGAAUCAAUCCUCCUAAAGGAAGAUCAACAUGAGCAGUACACUGCAUUGGCCAGGUUGGUGAGUGAAGCCAUGGGCGGAGAAGUGGAGAGGGAAAAACUUCAUGAAUUCACAUGGGUGCUGCAUAUCAGUGAGCUCAAGUCUCAGCUUCAGUCCAAUGUCAUUCCCAUUGGAUUCAUCAAAAAAGGAAUCUACUGCCACAGGGCGCUUCUCUUCAAGUUUCUGGCUGAUAGCAUUGGCUUGAGCUGCACACUCGUCAGUGGAGACUAUAAUCGAGCCUGGAACGAGGUGCUGCUCUUUAAUCAGAAGCCCUCCAUCAUCCCUGAUGAGUGCUAUUUACCACCAACGCGCUACAUCAUUGACCUCAUGCACCAGCCUGGACACCUAUUGGAGAAUAAUUCACCUGCUGCUGUGAAGUACCAGACAAUAUAAGAAAAUAUACCAAGUUGGGGGCUGUGGCCAGCUGGUGACCUCUGGCAUGUUAUAAACACUAUUAUUUGAAUGAAAGAUUACUCUAAUGUAAUUAUUGAGAGGGUAAUAUUGCAAAUGUGUAUCUGAAAAAAAUGCUGGUUUAAUGGUCAACAACCAUUUUUGCAUCAUGUAGGAAAGAGACUAGCUUUAGAAUAAACUGUUAUUACUGACAUGAAACAAAAAUAAAAUGCAUAACAAUAUAACUC